GAGCGAUGCCUCCUCUCCAGAAAGUUGCAGCCACCGCCGCCGGCGGGCGGUGAAACCAAGUCUGGCGGGGCCGCCUCUCGGUGCCUGAGUGUAACCGUGCCCGGCGGCUGGACUCCGCGGCUGGGCGUGCAGUCUCCUCCCCGAGAGCCCGAAACGCACCCCGCCAUGGCCGAGGGCGCGGCUGGCAGGGAGGGUCCCGCGAUGCUCGACGCAGCCGGAGGCGAAGACGACCCCCGAGUGGGCCUGGACGGAGCCUCCGGGGACGGCGUGGCGGCGGCGCCUGGGGGCCGGUCCAGGGACCGUCGCAGCGGGGUCGUAUUGCCGGUCGCUGCAGGGGCCCCGGCGGACAGCGAGGCUAGUCUCCUGGAGGCGGCGCGGGCGACCCCCCGGCGCAGCAGCAUCAUCAAGGAUCCAUCAAACCAAAAAUGCGGCGGAAGGAAGAAAACCGUGUCUUUCAGCAGCAUGCCAUCGGAGAAGAAGAUCAGCAGCGCGAGCGACUGCAUCAGCUUCAUGCAAGCUGGCUGUGAGCUGAAGAAAGUCCGGCCCAAUUCUCGCAUUUACAACCGUUUUUUCACUCUGGACCCAGACCUCCAAGCUCUCCGGUGGGAACCGUCCAAGAAAGAUCUCGAGAAAGCUAAGCUUGAUAUUUCUGCCAUUAAAGAGAUCAGACUGGGGAAGAACACAGAAACAUUUAGAAACAAUGGCCUUGCUGACCAAAUUUGUGAGGACUGUGCCUUUUCUAUACUCCAUGGGGAAAACUACGAGUCUCUGGACCUAGUUGCUAAUUCAGCAGAUGUUGCAAACAUCUGGGUGUCAGGGUUACGGUACCUGGUUUCUCGAAGUAAGCAACCCCUUGAUUUUAUGGAGGGCAACCAGAACACACCCAGGUUCAUGUGGUUGAAAACAGUGUUCCAAGCAGCAGAUGUUGAUGGGAAUGGGAUUAUGUUGGAAGACACCUCUGUGGAGUUAAUAAAACAACUCAACCCUACCCUGAAGGAAUCCAAGAUCAGGUUAAAGUUUAAAGAAAUCCAGAAGAGCAAGGAAAAGCUAACCACCCGAGUGACAGAAGAGGAAUUUUGUGAAGCUUUUUGUGAACUUUGCACCAGGCCAGAAGUGUAUUUCUUACUGGUACAGAUAUCUAAAAACAAAGAAUAUUUGGAUGCCAAUGACCUGAUGCUCUUUUUAGAAGCUGAGCAAGGAGUCGCUCAUAUCACUGAGGAUAUGUGCUUAGACAUUAUUCGGAGAUAUGAAUUUUCUGAAGAGGGACGUCAGAAAGGAUUUCUUGCAAUUGAUGGCUUUACCCAGUAUUUGUUGUCACCAGAAUGUGAUAUUUUUGAUCCUGAGCAAAAAAAGGUCGCCCAAGAUAUGACCCAGCCGUUAUCUCACUACUACAUCAGUGCCUCUCACAAUACCUAUCUCACAGAAGACCAGUUCCGGGGGCCUGCUGAUAUUAAUGGGUAUGUUAGAGCUUUGAAAAUGGGCUGUCGAAGCAUUGAACUCGAUGUAAGUGAUGGUCCAGAUAAUGAACCCAUCCUUUGUAAUCGAAAUAACAUGACAACACACCUUUCCUUUCGAAGUGUCGUAGAGGUGAUAAACAAAUUUGCCUUUGUUGCUUCUGAAUACCCACUCAUUCUGUGCUUGGGGAAUCACUGCUCCAUACCACAGCAGAAGGUAAUGGCUCAACAGAUGAAAAAGGUCUUUGGCACUAAACUCUACACCGAAGCACCCUUGCUGUCAGAAUCCUACCUCCCAUCACCAGAAAAAUUAAAAAGAAUGAUCAUUGUGAAGGGAAAGAAAUUGCCUUCUGGUUCAGAUGCUUUAGAAGGAGAAGUAACUGAUGAAGAUGAGGAAGCUGAAAUGUCUCGAAGGAUGUCAGUAGAUUACAAUGGUGAGCAGAAACAAAUCUGGCUGUGUAGAGAGCUCUCUGAUUUGGUAUCUAUUUGUAAAUCUGUUCAGUACAGGGAUUUUGAACUGUCUAUGAAAAGCCAAAACUACUGGGAAAUUUGUUCAUUUAGUGAAACAGAGGCCAGCCGAAUUGCCAAUGAAUACCCAGAGGAUUUUGUGAAUUAUAAUAAGAAGUUCUUAUCAAGAAUCUAUCCAAGUGCUAUGAGGAUUGAUUCCAGUAACUUGAAUCCACAGGACUUCUGGAAUUGUGGCUGUCAGAUUGUGGCAAUGAAUUUUCAGACUCCGGGGCCCAUGAUGGACCUCUACACAGGCUGGUUUCUCCAAAAUGGAGGAUGCGGGUACAUCCUGAGGCCAUCCAUCAUGCGGGACGAGGUUUCUUACUUCAGUGCGAAUACAAAGGGCAUUGUCCCCGGGGUGUCUCCUCUAGCUCUUCACAUCAAGAUCAUCAGUGGCCAGAAUUUCCCAAAGCCCAAGGGAGCUUGUGCCAAAGGGGAUGUCAUAGAUCCCUAUGUUUGUAUAGAGAUACAUGGAAUACCAGCAGACUGUGCAGAACAAAGAACUAAAACUGUACAACAAAACAGUGAUAAUCCUAUUUUUGAUGAAACUUUUGAGUUUCAAGUUAACCUACCUGAGCUGGCCAUGAUCCGCUUUGUUGUUCUGGAUGAUGACUACAUUGGGGAUGAGUUUAUAGGGCAAUACACAAUUCCGUUUGAGUGUUUGCAGCCUGGAUAUCGACAUGUUCCCCUGCGCUCUUUUGUGGGUGACAUCAUGGAGCAUGUAACUCUUUUUGUCCACAUAGCAAUAACCAAUCGAAGUGGAGGAGGAAAGGCACAGAAGCGCAGUCUUUCAGUGCGAAUGGGGAAGAAGGUUCGAGAGUAUACCAUGCUCAGGAAUAUUGGUCUGAAAACCAUAGAUGACAUCUUUAAAAUAGCUGUUCAUCCCUUACGAGAAGCCAUAGAUAUGAGAGAAAAUAUGCAGAACGCCAUAGUGUCUAUUAAGGAGCUGUGUGGACUUCCUCCAAUUGCCAGUCUGAAGCAGUGCCUGUUGACUCUGUCCUCUCGGCUCAUCACCAGUGACAAUACUCCUUCAGUUUCGCUUGUGAUGAAAGACAACUUUCCUUAUCUGGAGCCUCUGGGGGCAAUUCCAGAUGUGCAGAAAAAGAUGCUGGCUGCUUAUGAUCUGAUGAUUCAAGAGAGCCGGUUUCUCAUAGAAAUGGCUGACACCAUCCAGGAAAAGAUUGUGCAGUGCCAAAAAGCAGGGAUGGAGUUCCAUGAAGAACUUCAUAAUCUGGGGGCAAAAGAAGGCUUGAAAGGAAGAAAACUCAACAAGGCAAUUGAGAGCUUUGCUUGGAACAUUACAGUACUGAAGGGCCAAGGAGAUCUGUUGAAGAAUGCAAAGAAUGAAGCUAUAGAAAACAUGAAGCAGAUCCAGCUGGCGUGCUUGUCUUGCGGACUUAGCAAAGCCCCCAGCAGCGGUGCCGAGGCCAAGGGCAAGCGCGGCCUGGAAGCCAUAGAGGAGAAGGAGGGCGGCGAGGAGAACGGGAAGCUGUGACCGCGCAGGAUCGGCGCCUUCACCCGUCCUUUCUGUCAAAGGCUCUGUUGUUUCCUUUCUGGUUUUUGUUCUUUAAGCUUUUUAGAUGUUCACAAAAAGAUGCCAUCUGUCAGA